AUGGAGGAUCAAAUCCGAAAUGAAUUAGUGGAUUACAACCGGUUUAGUAUAACGCUUGGAGUUUGGGUUGCUAUCGUAGUGGUGUUUAUCUCGGUACUUGCGUAUAUCUUGAAGAGGAGGCUAUCGAGUGGUAAAACAGUUCUUAUCGUAGGAUUAUGCGAUUCUGGAAAAACUGUGCUGUUUUCGAAGUUAAUUAAUCCAGAAUAUAGUCCAGAAACUUAUACAUCCUUAAAAGAAAAUCGUUGCGAAGACGUUUCAGUUACAAGCGAUACGUUGGUUACUUUGGUGGAUUUUCCUGGAUCUGAAAAGCUUCGAAAGAAGCUUUUUGGAAAUUACUUGCAGAAAAAUCGAAAUAGCUUAAAAGGCAUUGUCUUUGUUAUCGAUAGUUCAACGUUUAGCAGGAAAUCACGCGAUGUUGCAGCGUUCUUUUAUGAUGUUCUGUACGAGUCGGAGAAAAAAGUUCCGGUACUUGUGGCAUGUAAUAAGCAAAAUUGUCCUUUGGCCAAAAGUUCACAGGCCGUGCGAACAGCCCUUGAACGAGAAUUUGGCUACAUCAAUGGUACACGUGAAGCAGCUUUAGAUUCCACUGAUGGUGUAGCAAGAAAGAGAACUCUAACUAAUACAGGCAAAUGUUUCAGUUGGGAUGAUUUGCCAUUGUUACGCUUAGAUUUCAUUGAAUGUUUUGUAAAAAAAGAGAACGGAGAUGUUGGUGAUAAACAGUGUGAUAUCGGAGCAAUACAAGCGUGGAUUGCUGCUUUGUGA